GUCACGUGGCCCUGGGAAGUCAGCCUGCGCUUUGCCGCGCGUGGAGUUUGCACACUAGUGAUACAUGCGGAGGUGAUGACCCCGAGCGCCGGCGGCCGCGUCCUCAGCCUCCUGCUGCUGCUGUGGGCGAUACAAGGUCAGGGAGAAAAUGAUUUAAUAGUGCAAAUCAGAGGUGGAAAGUUCACUAUGGGAUCAAAUGCUCCAGACAGCAAAGAUGGAGAAGGACCAACCAAACAAGUGACUGUAAAGCAGUUUGCAAUUGACAAGUUUCCUGUCACCAACAAGGAUUUUAGGGAAUUUGUAAGAGCGACAAAGUACAAGUCAGAAGCGGAGACGUUUGGCUGGAGCUUUGUGUUUGAGGAUUUUGUAUCAGAUGAGCUCAAAAAGAAAGUAACCCAGAAGCUGGAGUCGGCACCAUGGUGGCUUCCUAUAGAAAGAGCCUUUUGGCGUCAGCCAACUGGACCAGGAUCGAGUAUCAAGGAGAAGCUGGAUUUCCCUGUGCUGCAGGUUAGCUGGAAUGAUGCCCAGGCCUACUGUAAGUGGCUCGGGAUGAGGUUGCCAACAGAGGAAGAAUGGGAAUUUGCGGCCAGAGGAGGACUUAAAGGGAACACCUAUCCGUGGGGGAACACCUUUGAGAAAAAUAGAAGCAAUCUUUGGCAGGGUAAAUUCCCUACUCUGGAUACUGCUGAGGAUGGUUAUCAUGGUGUAUCACCAGUACAUGCAUUCCCUGCCCAGAAUGCUUAUGGUCUAUAUGAUAUGCUGGGGAACGCCUGGGAGUGGACAUCUACGGAAUAUAUGCGAAGUGGGCAAAAGAUGUAUGUCCUACGUGGGGCGUCUUGGAUUGAUACACAGGAUGGUUCAGCCAAUCAUAAAGCUCGAGUGACCACCAGAAUGGGCAAUACCCCAGACUCUGCUUCAGAUAACCUGAGCUUUCGCUGUGCUACUUCCCAGUCUACAAAUCAUGGAAAAGAAGACCUUUGAGCCAAGUGCAUAAAUGAUGGCUGAGCUUAAAUCCAUCACAAGACUCCUCUUGAACAGUCCUGGCUUCAGAGAAAGGUUUUGGUGUUCUGUAAGGACUGCAGUAUACACAUGAUGUGGAGACCUCAACUGGACUCUAAUGCUAUGUCACUAUGUGAGAGAUUAACAACUCUUUAAUCUGUCGAUACUUAAAGGAGUUGUCCAGCUUUUAAUAAGAGAUGGCCUUUCCUCAGGAUGGGUUAUUACUAGCUGAUCAGCAGGGGUCUGAUGCCUACUGAUCAGCUGUUUGGAUGUAGCUCCAUCAACUGAGUAGUGGCGAGAGCAGUGACUAGCUCUCUCCACUACACAACUGAACGAGUUACACCCCAAGAGCUGAUCGGUGGGCUGUCAUACCCAUGCUGGUCAGCUAGUCACGGCCUGUCCUGAGGGAAUGAGUGACACCCAAGAAGCUGAUUGGCCUGGAUGCAGGGCGUCAGACCCCACUGAUCAGCUAAUGAUGGCCUAUCCUGAGGAUCAGCUGUCACUUAGUAAAAACAUGACGUCCCCUUUAACAGGUAGAAUAUUUUGUAAAUCUCCCAGUGUACAAGUCACAGGAACAACUAUAUUAAGAUGCAUAUAUACGAGUUUAGCUUUUCAAAUUAAU